AUGCAGUCUUCCGGCACCUGCGGGUGGCCCGGAGGGCCCCUCUCGGAGGUCACGCCGGCGGUCCACAGCUCAGGGAUUGGCAGGAGGCGGCAGCGGCGCUUGCGGACGGGGACCCGGUCCCUAGACCUAGCCACCCUCAUCGGCGGCCACUGGAGGACUGGAGUCUUCCCCCGAGCCUGGCUCACCUCGGUCAUCCAACCAAUCCCCAAGAUCCCCCGCCCUCUCUCGGUGGACGACUUCCGCUCCAUCACGUUGGCGAAUGCGGUCUACAAGCUCCUGGCCAAGUAUCUGCACGGUCUCCUCCUCACAGUGCUCCCGCCCCUUCCGUGGUACCAGGCUGGCUUCCAACCCCAGCGUGGCACAUACGACCACGUCCUGGUCCUGCGGAAGGUGCUCGAUGAGCGCUGGAGAGCUGGGGACGCCGUGCAUGUCUUGGCUCUGGACAUCCGGGGCGCGUUCCCCAACGUGACGUGGCGGGAGAUCGCCGCCGUCCUACUCCAGCGGGGUAUGCCUCCCUUCCUCCUCAACCGCAUCACCUCCCUCGCCCUGACGGACUUUACGUCCAUUCGCUGUGGGCGAACCAGGACGGGGGAGGUGCGCACCGGGAGGGGAGUGAAACAGGGGUGCACCCUCGCCCUUCACUGGGUGGUCGCUACGGCAGUGGCUCAGCUCCCCCGCUUCUCCCUCCAUCUGGACUCCCCAGACUUCACCCCGCUGCUGCUCGCUUACGCCGACGACCUGCUCCUGGCCUCCACGGACCGACAAGACCUCGAGGACUUCCUCGCGGCCUUCGUGGAGGCGGCGGCGUGUGUGGGCCUAGACCUCAAUUUCCACAAGUGCAACUAUCUCCUCCGGGUCCCGGGCGCCCCCGACCCUCUCCCCCGCCCGGUGAUCCUGGCGGGGAGGGAAGUACAACAGGUGGAUCGACUCCUUUAUCUCGGGGCUCUCAUCACCUCGCGCCUGGAUCGCCGAGGGGUCACCUACCACCGCAUCACCAAGGCCCACAGAGCGGUGGCCGCCCUGGGGGCCACUCUGCGCCGCCACCCCCUGCCGCGCUCGGUGGUCCUGCGCAUCUAUCAGUCCUGCAUCCUCCCCUCCAUCUCCUAUGCCCAGGCCACCUCAGCGACCAUCAUGGCCUCCAGGUCGACACUCCGGAGGCAGGCGGCGAUCAUGGUAGGGGCCCUUCUCAUCCAUGCGCGGCGCGCCGCGGGGCGCUUCCACCCCCUACGCCUCCACGGAGUCGACAAGACGACCUCGUCAAUCACAAGGGCGAUCCGUGCCUCCCGGAUCCGCUACUGGGCCCAUGUCCGGCGGUCCGACCCGGCCGGCCCCCUCCAAAGGGUCUUGGACUUCGAUCUGUUCCCCCGGCGGAAACCAGGACGGCCGUGCCACACCGUCGUCGAGUCCCUCAAUCAGGAUCUGGCCCAGCUGGGGGCCCCGCCCGCGGGCUGGGAGGCCCUGGCGAUGGACAAGGACGGCCUGGCCGCCCACCUGCGCACGGCCCUUCUCGACGACGUGUCCUCCAACGACCGGUCCGACUCGGACGGGUCGGACUGGGACGGGGAGGAGCUAGAGCUCCCCUCAGAAAGCAGCGAUGAGGAUCAGUGA